AUGUUUACAAAAGCAGUCCAGUGGAAGUGGACCCUAACAAAUUUCAAUACUGGGGAGGCAGAAAGUGGUGAUGAAACUCAGAAUGAAGAGCAUGAACCUGCAGACAUCAUGUCCGUGGCAGGUGAUACAGCUAGGGCAACAUCAGCUAGUCAAAAUCUGCCGCCAAUUCGACGACCUGUCAAAAGAAAUGCAAACACUUUUGAAGAAGAAGUUUUCCGGCACUUUAAGCCAGGAAGACCUAAUGAGAAAGAUGAUGACGAGUUAUUUUUGUUAUCCCUUUUGCCAAUGUUCAAGAAGCUGGAUGAUCCUAGAAAACUAUGGGCCCGCAUGAAAUUCAUGGAAACAAUACUGCAAGCCAUCACUUUUGGAAUACCUAUGCCAUCGCCAACAAUAUCUGAUACGAGUAAUAUUCCUGCACAUCCUCAUUCAUUAAUAACAGUCCUGCACAUCCCACAUUCGAUAAUACUACUCCUGCUCACCACCCAUCAAGCAAUAAUCCUUCAAAUCUCCAAUUAA